AUGGCUAACGCGUCCCCUGCACAGCAUAUCCUGAUCAUAGGCGCUGGCGAAUUCGGCCUGAGCACUGCGCUCUCCCUCCUCUCUAGAUCUGCAUACAAGGGCAGUCGAAUAACCAUAGUCGACAGCUCAUCGCAGCUACCCAAUCCGUCUGGCUCUUCUGUUGACGCCAAUCGCAUCGUUAGAGCCGAUUAUGCAGACGUUCUGUAUUCCCGGCUUGCCAGUGAGUCGCAGCGCUUCUGGCGCGACACAUCUCCCGAUGGCUGGGGCGGCGAAGGACGAUACCAUCAGCCUGGGUUCGUGCUCACUGCCGACGCUGGCGCGGGUGAAUACCUUAUGCAAGCGAUGAAAUCUGUACUCAGCGUCGCGUCUGAGGGAGGACUCGAUUCCCACAAAGUCCAAGAAUUACGUGGCCAGGACGAGAUCAAGAAGGCAACGGGAUAUGAACACGUCACAGGAGAAUACGGAUAUGCCAACUUCAACUCGGGGUGGGCGGACGCUGAAGCAUGCGUAGCGUACGCACUGAGAAGGAUACACAAAGAGGGUGGUGAUCGAGUCACUAUUCGUAGCGGCGCAAAGGUCGAGAAAUUGUCCUUCUCUGGAAGCACCUGCACAGGAGCCGAGUUAUCAGACGGCCAGACCAUCAAUGCGGACCUGGUGAUUCUGGCCGCAGGCGCGUGGUCUCCAACAUUGAUCGAUUUACAGGGCCGAUGUGUCGCCACUGGCCAGGUAGUUGCAUUUAUUGAUAUCACCAAGGAAGAGCAGGCGGCCAUGGGAGACAGACCGGUCAUCAUGAACAUGAGUCGGGGCAUGUUCAUCAUCCCACCGAGAGACAACAAGCUCAAGAUCGCACGGCAUGGCUUUGGAUACGUCAACCCGGUCAAGAUUCCCCGAAAGAACAUCCAACCCACCGGGAGCGAAGGUGAUGAGUACGUGGAAGUCAGCGUUCCCGUGACUGGUGUCUCCAUACCCCCAGAAGGACAACGAGCCCUGAGGGCUGCUCUCGGAGAGAUGGUACCGCAUAUGGCAGAUCGACCCUUUGUCCGCACAAGAUUAUGCUGGUAUUGCGAUACACCAACAGGCGAUUUCUUGAUAACGUACCAUCCGCAAUAUAAAUCCCUUUUCGUCGCGACCGGAGGAAGCGGACACGGGUUCAAGUUCUUUCCCGUGAUAGGCGACAAGAUCGUUGACGCGAUCGAAGGCAACCUCGACCCUGUUUAUGCCCGGGAAUGGCGCUGGCGCUGUGACGAGGAGUUGCAGAAAUUGUAUGGACCUGGCCCCUUUACAAGUUGCGAAGACGGUAGUCGCUCAGGGAGUAGGGGUAUGGUUUUGGAAGAAGAACUUGCCAGGGGCGAAAGCCAGACGUGA